AUGCGCUUAGAAAACUCAAGACCGACAGACCUGGUCAUUGUGCCAGAGGACAAGGAGCGCUCUGCGGUUGUACUGGACAGGACAGACUACCUUCAAAAAGCUAAAGGUCUGCUGGAGGACCGACAAUUCUAUGUUCCGUGUGCAAUGAACCCUGUAAAGGCGCUGGCACGCGAAAUUAAUGCGACGUUGUUGGCUUUGGAGAAUUCAGGUGCAAUAACACCGACCGACAGACGCAUGGCGAGACCCCAUGAUACGGCUUUGGCCCGAUUCUAUGGCCUCCCUAAGGUGCACAAAGACGGCGCUCCUCUCCGACUCAUCGUGUCGCUCAAAGGUACUCCAAAGUACGGACUGACUAAGUGGCUGUUCCGGCGUCUCAUGUUCCUGACCGCUUAGUCAGACACCUUGGUCUCUUCGUCAGCACAAUUCCUGGAAAAACUCGAAGGUGUAAGCCUCCAUCCAAAUGAGGUUAUGGUAUCUUUUGAUGUUACAUCCCCUUUUACUUCUAUUCCCCAGGACCUGGCGUUCGAGAAAAUCGAGCUGCUUCUACAAAGAAGAUACAAUAAAACGGAGAAUCGUCUUGGACACGCCCGAGUCCUUCAGCUCCUGAAGCUCUGUCUCAGGACGUACUUCACGCUCGACGGGACAAUCUACGAACAGGUGAAGGGCACAGCGGUGGGUUCGCCGAUUUCGGGAUUCAUCGUCGAUGCCGUCCUGCAACGGUUAGAAUCGCUGGUCUUGCAACAUCACAGACCGAAUUUCUGGGCCCGGUAUGUGGAUGAUACCUUCGUCGUUGUCGACCGGGAUCAACUGCUGACAUUCAAGGGACAUCUGAAUGCGGUCUUCCUGGACGCACAAUUUACGAUGGAGGAGGAAGAGAACAACCAGCUGGCCUUCUUGGAUGUCCUCGUAUGCCCGAAAGAUUGUGGUGGACUAAAGACCAAAGUGUUCAGGAAAGCGACAAAUACGAUGCAAGUACUGAACUUCAACAGUAACCACCUAAUCAGCCACAAACGCAGUUGUGUAAGGACGCUCUUUCGGCGUGUCGAAACGCACUGCAGUGAGCCGGAAGACAAAAUUGCCAAACUAAAAUACCUCCGACGGGUCUUCAAAGUCAAUGGCUACCCGUGCAACUUCGUCAACUGGUGCAUACGAAAAAAGGUCGAAAGGCCUAACCGCACGGACAGCAAAUUUGGCGAGCGCUUCCGUAUGUCAAGAACGUUUCGAAAGCUGUCGGCCGCCAUCUCGCACCACUUGGGUUUGGAGUUGCACACAGACCGGAGGCAACCAUCAGGCGUCUGGUAA